AUGCCUGAAGCAAAAGUGCUCAUGAUAGGAAGUGGAGGCCGGGAGCACGCUCUGUGCUGGAAAUUAGCGGAAUCUCCUAAUGUGAAGCAAAUUUACUGUGCACCCGGCAGCGUCGGUAUUUCUUCGGUGGACAAGGUUGAAAGCGUUGAUAUUAACAUCAAAGACUUUCAGGCUGUUGGAAAAUGGUGCAAAGACAAUUCAAUUGACCUGGUUGUCAUUGGCCCAGAAGAUCCAUUGGCCAAUGGCAUUGUAGACGCCCUCUCUUCAAUGGGUAUCCAAUGCUUUGGCCCCACAAAAGCUGGUGCAGAAAUAGAAGCAAACAAGAGUUGGUCCAAGAAAUUCAUGAUGAAGUACCAGAUUCCAACUGCAAGAUACCAGUCCUUCACUGAUGCUAGUGCUGCUAAGGAGUUUAUUAAAAGCGCUCCCUUUCCGGCGUUAGUUGUUAAGGCCUCAGGUCUGGCUGCCGGCAAAGGCGUGAUAGUAGCCUCGAACAAGGAAGAAGCUUGUCAAGCUGUGGACGAGAUCUUAACUGACGCGAAGUACGGCUCCGCCGGUCAGACCGUCGUUAUAGAAGAACUUUUGGAGGGCGACGAAGUUUCCGUACUCGCAUUCACCGAUGGAGAAACGGUGUCGGUGAUGCCACCAGCUCAAGAUCACAAGCGCGUGGGUGACGGGGACACGGGUCCCAACACCGGCGGCAUGGGCGCCUACUGUCCCUGCCCGCUCAUCACGCCAGACCAGUUUGCGGACGUAAAGGACCAGAUUCUACAGCGAGCUGUCGACGGACUCAAGGCCGAGGGCAUUAAAUAUGUCGGCGUCUUGUACGCGGGCCUGAUGAUCACCAAAUCGGGCCCGAUGACCCUCGAAUUCAACUGCAGAUUUGGUGACCCUGAAACGCAAGUGCUUAUGAUGUUGUUGGAGAGCGAUCUCUAUGACAUAAUGAAGGCUUGCGUGAACGGAAACCUGAAGCAGCAGCAAGUUACAUGGAACACGAAGAUGUCAGCAGUGGGAGUUGUGAUCGCCUCCAAGGGAUACCCGGAGACAUCCACUAAAGGCUGCGUUAUAAGCGGGCUGUCGCAAGUUGUGUCGCAGCCGGAGCUGGCGGUGUUCCACAGCGGCGUGGCUCGCGGUGCGAACGGGUCGCUGGUGUCGUGGGGCGGGCGCGUGCUGCUGGUGGCGGCGCGCGCGCCAGCCCUGCGCGCCGCCGCGGCCGCCGCCACCGCCGCCGCCGCCGCCAUCGACUUCCCCGGCGCGCACUACCGCAAGGACAUCGCUCACCGCGCCUUCUCCAAGUUAAACGGUCUCUCGUACCUCGAAAGUGGUGUAGAUAUAGACGCGGCCGCGACACUUGUUCGCAAGAUAGAGCCCUUAGCGACUGCAACACAUCGGCCAGGAGUUUUAGGAAGGCUAGGUUGCUUCAGUGGACUGUUCCAGCUGUCUACUAUGGACCCGGAGCUUAAAGACCCCGUGCUCGUGCAGGGGACUGAUGGCGUUGGGACCAAGCUAAAGAUAGCUCAACGGCUGCAAAAGUUCGACACGAUUGGCCAGGACCUGGUGGCGAUGUGCGCGAACGACAUCCUUUGCGCUGGCGCGGAGCCGUUCGCGUUCCUCGACUACAUGGCGUGCGGCCGCCUGCAGGUGGAGGUGGCCGAGAGCAUCGUGCGAGGAAUCGCCGACGCGUGCAAGCUGGCCGGCUGCGCACUGCUUGGUGGCGAAACUGCUGAAAUGCCGAGCAUGUACGACGUGGGCAAGUACGACCUGGCCGGGUUCGCGGUGGGCGUGGUGGACAACAGCAAGCAGCUGCCGCGCGUCAGCGCCAUGCGCGCCGGCGACGCCGUGCUGGCGCUGCCCUCCAGCGGCGUGCACAGCAACGGCUACAGCCUCGUGCAGCGCAUCAUGAGCGAGACUGGCCACAGCUACAAUGAAAAAGCGGCGUUUACGACCUCGAACAAGUCGUACGGCGAGGAGUUCUUAGAGCCAACCGGUAUCUACGUGAAGGCAUUGUUGCCCGCGGUGAAGAAGGGCCUCAUUAAGGGGCUAGCACACAUCACGGGCGGCGGCCUGCUAGAGAACAUACCGAGGGUGUUGCCGCCGCACCUGCGCGUUAGAUUGGAUGCUACGGCCUUCAAGAUAAAGCCCAUUUUCGGCUGGCUGCAGGCCAAAGGCUUGGUGUCCGACUUCGAAAUGCUUCGCACGUUCAACUGUGGAGUGGGUAUGGUGGCGAUCGUUGACCCAGCCUGUGUUGACGAAUUGCUGGCUAUGGUAACAGAACCCAUUGACGUCAUCGGUGUCGUCGAGGCUAUGGGGAAGGAAGGAGGUCACCAAGUGGUGGUGGAGAACUUCAAGGAAGCGAUGGCGCCCCUAACUUCGCCAUACUUCAGCGGACAACAAGUGCCCCAGAAGUCACUUUCCUACAAAGACAGCGGUGUAGACAUCGAGGCUGGUGACUCGCUGGUGUCGCUUAUCAAGCCUUUAGCAAGGGCUACAAUUCGUCCAGGAGUUAUUGGUGGUCUCGGUGGCUUUGGUGGUUGUUUCCAACUGAAAGCUAUCGAGCAAGAAUAUAAGGACCCAGUGCUGGUGCUGGCCGCGGACGGCGUGGGCACGAAGCUGAAGAUCGCUCAGAGCAUCGACCGGCACGACACCGUGGGGCUGGACCUGGUGGCCAUGUGCGUCAACGACAUCCUGUGCAACGGCGCCUGCCCGCUCACCUUCCUCGACUACUUCGCGUGCGGCGCGCUCGACGUGCGCGUGGCGCGCCAGGUGGUGGCCGGCGUCGCCGAGGGCUGCCGCCAGGCCUCCGCCGCGCUCAUCGGUGGGGAAACAGCAGAAAUGCCCGGCAUGUAUCCACCCGGUGUGUACGAUAUCGCCGGCUUCGCACUCGGUGUUGUGGAACGGUCGCAAAUACUGCCUAAGAUCAACGAUAUCGCUGUGGGUGAUAUUAUUAUAGGUCUGCCGUCGAAUGGCGUCCACAGCAACGGCUUCAGUCUGAUACACAAGCUGAUGAAAAAGGCCGGCCUCACUCUCAACGACAAAGCGCCUUUCAGCAAGGAAGGGUUGACACUGGGCGAGGAGCUGAUCAAGCCGACGCGUAUUUACGUGCGCAGCGUGCUGCCGGUGCUGCAGCGCGGCGUGGUGAAGGCGGUGGCGCACGUGACGGGCGGCGGGCUGGUGCACAACCUGCCGCGAGUGCUGCCCGACACCGUGCGCGCGCGCCUCAACGCGCACUGGUGGCACGUGCACCCGGUGUUCGCCUGGAUUGCGGAUACUGGUGCAGUGGAGGACGAAGAAAUGCUGCGCACUUUCAACUGCGGUUUAGGUAUGGUGCUCAUUGUGGCGCCUGAAGACCAAGCCGAUGUGAUGAACAGUUUGCGCGCGUACGGCGCCAUGGUGGUGGGGUCGUUACAAGCGCGGCGUACAGGCGGUGAGCGCGUGCUCGUCGACAACUUCGCCUCCGCGCUCGACUUCACGCGCCGCGUGCCGCUGCUGCCCAACAAGCGGGUGGCGGUGCUGGUGUCGGGCAGCGGCAGCAACCUGCAGGCGCUGGCGGAGGCGGCGCGCGAGCCGGCGCUGUGCACGUGCGCCGACAUCGCGCUCGUGCUCAGCAACCGCGCGGACGCCUACGCGCUCAAGCGCGCCGAGGCCGCCGGGAUCCCCUCGCUGGUGUUAAAUCACAAAGACUACUCGUCGCGGGAAGAGUUCGACCGUGCCAUUUCCGAAGCGCUGGAGAAACAUAAAAUAGACAUUGUAUGCCUCGCUGGCUUCAUGAGGAUCUUGUCUGCUGAGUUCGUCGAUAAGUGGAAGGGGCGGCUGGUGAACAUCCACCCGUCGCUGCUGCCGCGCCACCCCGGGCUGCACGCGGCGCGCCAGUGCCUGGCGGCCGGAGACGCGGAGUCCGGCUGCACCGUGCACUUCGUCGACCAUGGUGUGGACACGGGCCCCAUAAUCACACAGGAGCGCGUGCCCGUACUGAAGGACGACACAGAAGAAAGUCUGAGCGAACGUAUCCACCAAGCAGAACACCGUGCAUACCCGCGAGCAUUGCGCCUGCUCGCCACCGGCCGGGUUAGACUCGCGGCCGAUGGACAACUGAUGUGGAACUCCUAG